UUCUGGGCAGUAAACAUGGUAUCCGUAUUGGCCAUAUCCGUUUCUAUCACAUACUUUCUGUACAAUCGUUUUGAGCUAAUGCCAACGAGGAUUGCCAUAGAGAACCAGUUCGAACCGAUUAAAAACCUUCCCUACCCUGCCAUCACUGUGUGUUCCCCAAACCAAGUAACCGUGUCUGCCCUGGAGUAUUUCAACACUACACUAAUUGAGGGUAACAGAACUGGAUUGGAAACAUAUCUGCCGCUAAUUUUAGGCUUCUACGAAUUUAUUAGUCUUACGAACCAGACCGACAAUUUAUUGAAGAGUUUCCAGGAUUUAUUGGAAAUUAACAGAUUCACUAUUCCAGAUUUGCUCGCUCGUACACCUCAAAACUGUGGAAACUUCCUGAAGCGCUGUUAUUUAGAAGGCAAGCAGUACAACUGUUCAGACCUCUUCAAACCGAUACUUACCUCUCACGGAUACUGCUGCAGCUUCAACAAUAUCUACAUGUUUAAUGGCAUAAUGAAUGUUAAAAACAGGAACUUUGUCAACCGCUAUGUAAGAGCUACCGGAUUCAAGAAGGCAUUGCUAGUGGUCAUAGACUAUGAAGAAGACAACGCCAUGAAUGAUACAGUACUCUUUGGCGGAGCGACGCCGGUAUGCAAUACUUACUCAUAA